GCAAGACCAAGCCCCUUUCUAAAAUGGCGCCUUCCAGACUCCCUCUUCUCCCGCUGCGCUUUCCAUCGCUUUCUUUCUCUCCGUCUUCUUCUUCUUCUUCUUCUUCUUCGUCAAACCCUCGGCGAGGAGCUCUUCUUCGACUAUAAAUAUGGCGUCUUUGAAAAGGAAUCCUCCAAAGAAACCUUAUUCUCUGCUUUGCUUCUUCUUCUUCUUCUUCUGCUACGAUGGGAUCCAUUUCUAAUCCGCCUAGCAUCUUUGAUCUGCGCAGCUCGCUGUCCUCCGUCUCUGCUCCGGCGAAGAACGGAAACGGUGCCAUAUCUAGGUCUGAUCGGCCGAUGGCGCUUGAUUUGAAGCUUAACCAACGGAAGAUCGUACAUGGUGAUGCUGGUUAUGUGCUUGAGGAUGUGCCUCAUUUGACUGAUUAUAUCCCUGAUGCUCCUAAUUAUCCUAACCCACUGCAAGAUAAUCCGGCCUAUUCCGUUGUCAAACAGUACUUUGUUAAUACAGAUGAUACGGUUGCUCAGAAGAUUGUGGUUCAUAAGGGUAGUCCUAGAGGAACCCAUUUCCGGAGAGCUGGGCCACGCCAGAAGGUGUACUUUGAGUCAGAUGAGGUACACGCGUGCAUUGUAACAUGUGGAGGUUUGUGCCCAGGGCUUAACACAGUAAUUAGGGAAAUUGUCUGUGGCUUGGCCCAUAUGUAUGGUGUAACCAAGAUACUUGGGAUAGAGGGUGGAUAUAGGGGCUUUUAUGCUCGCAACACAAUUUCCUUGACACCUAAGAGCGUAAAUGAUAUCCACAAACGUGGUGGCACCAUUCUUAGUACAUCUCGAGGUGGUCACGACACUUCAAAGAUUGUUGAUAGCAUUCAAGACCGUGGUAUUAAUCAGGUAUACAUAAUUGGAGGAGAUGGAACUCAAAAGGGUGCCUCUGUUAUUUUUGAGGAAAUUCAAAGGCGUGGUCUCAAAGUUGCUGUGGUUGGCAUCCCAAAGACAAUUGAUAAUGACAUUGCGGUUAUUGACAAGUCCUUUGGUUUUGAUACUGCUGUUGAAGAGGCUCAAAGGGCAAUCAAUGCGGCACAUGUAGAGGCUGGAAGUGUUGAGAAUGGUAUUGGGGUGGUAAAGUUGAUGGGUCGAUAUAGUGGUUUCAUUGCAAUGUACGCCACCCUUGCAAGUCGAGACGUGGACUGUUGCUUGAUUCCAGAGUCACCCUUUUAUUUGGAAGGAAAAGGGGGACUUUUUGAAUUUAUCGAGAAGCGCCUUAAAGAGAAUGGCCAUAUGGUUCUUGUUGUUGCAGAAGGUGCAGGGCAGGAACUUAUUGCUGAAAGUAUGCGGUCCAUGAACCAUGAAGACGCAUCUGGAAAUAAACUACUUCUAGAUGUUGGGCUAUGGCUGUCACAGAAAAUAAAGGAUCACUUCUCUUGCAAAGGAAAGAUGACGAUAAACCUUAAAUAUAUUGAUCCAACAUACAUGAUACGUGCUGUUCCAGCCAAUGCAUCAGACAAUGUGUACUCCACUUUGCUGGCUCACAGUGCUCUUCAUGGGGCAAUGGCAGGCUACACUGGCUUUACUGUUGGGCCUGUUAAUGGCCGGCAUGCUUAUAUACCCUUCUAUCGGGUGACUGAAGCACGGAACAAUGUGGUGAUAACAGACAGGAUGUGGGCUAGGCUGCUCUCAUCGACAAACCAGCCAAGCUUUCUAACCCUCAAAGACAUCGAAUCAGUUAGGAAUGUAUACUCGCCUAAGUAUUUGCCUCCUAUAAAGGAACCAAUUUAUAAUGGCUUGCCUAAUAGUGGUUCUGCUGAAGAACAUCAUGAUGACCAAGUUGCAGAUGAGAGCAGUUUGGUUAACCAGAUAUCUGGUGCCACAACCAAACAUUAAAAUUAUUCUUUCCUUUUUUUUAUAUUAUAUUAUUAUUAAUACUUUUCCAGUUUAUUACAAGAGAGAGCAGAAGAGAGCUUUUCAAAGGUUGUUUUGUUGUUGUGCUCAGUUUGCACAUUUAUGGCUGGUUGUAGUUCACUCCAACAAAGUAAUUGCCAUACUCUUAUCUACUAUUACCAACCUAUCCUUGAAUAAAAAGGCUAUUAUUGUAA